CAAAUGCUUGCAGAUUGUUUGAAACACUCUUGAAGGAGUCACUUCUCACUUCAGUUUCAAUCCGAGACUCAGAGUGGUCUGACGUCGACGUCCUCCUCUCUAAAUAUUUGUUCUUAUUAUAAAUUUUGUUUACCAUUCAUUCGUAUUUGAUUGGGCUAGCAGAAUGUGUCAGCUAAGAGGUUUACUAGUUCUUCUUGCUUUGGUUGGAGUGGCUGUCUCACUCAAGUUGCCUUCAUACAUAUCUCCAUGCAAAAGGAAUGACCCCAAGCUAGAUGAGUGUAUUGUGGAGCAUGGACAAGCUGUUCUUGAGAGAUUCAGCCAAGGAGAGCCCAAGUAUGGAAUCCCAAGGAUGGACCCGAUGGACAUCACUGAGCUCAAGGUACAACAAGGAAGUGCCCAAGUAGGCUUAGAACUAACACUGAAAAACAUCAAAAUGUACGGAAUGAAGCAUGCCAAGUUCCUCAGUUCAAAGACUAACUUAGCCAAGCGAAAUGCAGUUUGGAAAUUCGCACAUGAGCGUGUGGAAAUGAUUGGAGACUACUCAGUCAACGGGAAAAUCUUGGUGCUGCCCAUCAAGGGAGAAGGAAAAUGCAACAUUACCAUAACCGAUGUAAAGGUGGACUUUGAAAUGAACUGGAAUCUGAUCAAGAAGGACAAUGGAAAGGAGUACAUCAACUUCACCACCACCGACCUCAAACUGUCCAACGGCCGAGCUUACUUCAAGCUGGAGAACCUUUUCGGAGGAGACAGGACACUUGGUGACAACAUGAACCAAUUCCUGAACGAGAACUGGAAAGAGGUGACCCAGGAUGUGGGCCCCGCCCUCGGCAAAGCCAUGGGAGACGUCUUCACGCUCCUCGUCUCCAACCUCAACAACGUUGUCUCCUACGACAACAUCUAUCCGCCAUCUUAUUACUCUUUUCACUCUUAUUCUUCGACGUCUACUUCUUCACCCCCGACUAACCUAUACUCUUCUUCUCCAUCUUCUUAUUCUCUUCCUUCUUCUUCCUCUAUCUCCUUCGAAGGUUAUCAGCCUUCCUUUACUAGAUGGAUAUUGUCCCCCUGUUUUUACCUGUUUAUAAAUACUUUUUGCAAACUGCCCAGUCUCACAUUCGUUAGCAUUCAAUUAAUCAAAUCACACUCAUUUUCGAUCAGAGCGCUUCUACGUCUAAAUUCAUCUACAAUGGGAGGACAUCUCUAUCUAUUCUCCUGCUUCGUGUGUGUGAUACUAUCCACCGCAUCUGGAGCACCCAAGCCAAAUAACAACCCAGCACCCUGCCAUGCUAAAGAUGCCGAUCUUGACGAAUGCCUCGUCAAAGGAGCUCAGCAAAUCUUCAAGAACAUGGCUAAAGGAUUCAAAGAGUUCGGUGUGCCAAAAAUGGACCCUCUCAAUGUGCCAAUGAUGAGCCUUCACAGUGGAGAUGGACCAGUCAGCCUUAACUUGGACCUCAUCAACGCCACCCACAAAGGACUGUCCAAGUCCCAUGUCACAGCUGUCGAAGCUGAUCCAGAGAAGUACGAGUUUGAAAUCAAGCUGACACUUCCUGAAUACAACAUCAAGGGCAUGUACAAUGUGUCUGGUAAGAUAAUGAUGUUGCCCAUCAUGGGAAGCGGACCAUCUGACAUCACAUUCAAGAAUGUCCAAGCUGUGUGGAAGUUGAAGGGGGAACCCAGCACCAAGAACAAGAAGACUUUUGUCAAAUUGACUGACUUCGAUGUCAACAUCGACCCUGAGAAGGUAUCUGUCAAGCUCGACAACCUCUUCAAUGGAAACAAACAAUUAGGUGACACAAUGAAUAAAUUCAUGAACGAGAACUGGCAGGAAGUCUUCAAGCAGCUGAAACCAGUCAUCGAGGAGUCUUUCUCUCAAAUUCUUAUGGAACUCGGAAACCGUGCUUUCAACAAAGUAUCUUACUCUCAGAUGUUCACUGACAUGUAAACAAACUACUCAAUAACACUGAAAAGUUGGUAACUUAACUAGAAAUCUUAGAUAUAAUAUUACUAGAUUAUGAUACAAAAUAAAAAACUUUGAAAAAAUAGUAAAGAUAAAAUGUGGGCCCACAACAAAAAAAUGUAACUUUAUCAUCACUCAUUCUCGUUCAUUAACUACACUAUUGAAUGCUUCCAAAGUAUGAAUUGAAACAUACUGUAUUACAAUCUCUUCUCAGGCUGUUAAAUACGGCAUCAUCUAAUCAUUUCAUUGAAACUAAAAUUUUAUGUGAAUUUCACCCUCAUUUCCUGAGACGAUUGUGAAGAUAUGAUUUAAAUUUUUUAGAAUAUUGAGCUGAAUGUAUAUAAUUUAUUUAUGAACCCCUGAUUUCAUUAUAUUGUAAACUAUGUAGAUUCAUAGAAUUGUGAAAACUAGUGUGUAUAUUAUCUUUGUACAUAAAAUGACUGUAAGUAGGUAUUUGAAAAAUGACCAGUACUAUAUGAAACGAAUUAUGCUCUCAAUGAAUAUGUAGUUCGUAUUUUGUAGUAUGGUAACAGACUGAUUUAAUAUUUAUUAUUGUUUGAAUACAUGAUUCUAGCUAGAGCAUAAUAUUUAUUGAUGAAUUGUGAUAAUAUUAUAUUUGUGAUAUUUAUUCAUCUAGUCGCAGAUUGCUAAGCAAUAUAGGACUAAGUUUGGAAAAUGAUUUAUGUUCAUAGCUUGAUUAAUAAAGUUAUAGCAUUGUUUUGUU